CUCAUAGCAAGCUAAAAUUUGAUCCAUAUGUAAAUACAAAACAUCUUGGCUUAAAGAACCUCAAAUCUGAAAUAGCUGAAGAAGCAAAAUCUCUCGAAGCUUGCUCAGAUAUUCCUGAGCAAGACUCUAGACAGUACGCUUUAGAGAUCUACGGAAAGUUGCUCAAUCUCAAAAAUAAGCUGAAUACCUUUCAACCUAAUAAGGUUGGAAUUGCAGAUACUAAAUACUUAAAUCUGUGAGCAGCCCUCGAGAUUGAACUCAGUGACAACUUGGAGAAAGCUAAGCAUAUCAUGAGUGAGAGCCAACCACAUAUCUCUAUAGAAGAGUCUUGUAAUUCCGAUAGAGAAGUUGUAUCUUCCAAAGAGAGUCAGGACAAGUCCCUUUGGGCAUCAAAAGGAAUUAAGAUUUAGCAUUUUUAACUCUCUUUAAUGAUCCAUAUGAUGCCAAAUUUGAGGAAUUGAUAUCUCAGGAGAGGGAGGUUAUGCAUCAAACUGAAGAGAUCAACUAUAUAUAGCCUGCUCUAAUCUUUAUGAAAGAAUCUUGAACUCAAAGCUAGGGAAGAAUUCCAUUAUUACUAUUGACAUGAAACUUCAAAAGCACAAAUUACUACUAAAGGCCUUGAGGAUUUUGCCUCUUUGAGAUCUUUUGCACAUAAACAUCAUCAAUAUCACCAAGAGAAAUUUUCCUGCUCUUAAGACCUUUCUGAUGAAUUCUUUCCCAAGAAAAGUGAGAGGAUUAGAAAUUUUCAAUACUCAAAGAUCUAACAAGAUAAUUGAGAGAUAUCGCCGAGAGAUCUCGAAUGCUAGCCAUAAGGUAACAUCAUAUUUAGGCUUGUGAGAACUAAAAAUCAGCAGGCCUUCACUUAUGAGACUUUUCUCUGAGAACAAAAACAAACGGAGUCUCAAAUUCACUAGCUGAAUUCUUAAUGCUGAGGAAAUCCCUGAUUUCACUAGAUCUCUAGAUCGAAGUACUAUUUCAAAAUUGGAGUUCAAUAAAUGCUCUAUUAUUGGACCAUCAAUGACAGGGAAAGGUUUUGAUGGAAUUGAAUCUCUCAUCCAAGGCUUUUCAAAAUCCACAGAUUUCAAGGAUUCUCUAAAACAUUUGGAUUUUUAUCCUUUAGAAAAUGAAGAGUUGCUUGAUGAUCUCCUCAUCACAAACAACUUCAAUCUCGCUUAUUUGGAUUCCAUAUAAAUCAUCGAAUAAACAAAUAAUGAACGAACCAUGUUUUGAGCCUUA